AGGAUGAUAAAAAUGUCGUUACUGGAACAUCAUAACUGUGCUGGGACGUCCCUCGUCGCGGCGGUGUUAUCCGUGAAAUAUUUCACAAAAAUGGCUGCGGGAUUACCACGAAGAAUAAUCAAGGAAACUCAGCGGCUGAUGGCUGAACCAGUGCCAGGUAUAUCGGCAGUUCCAGAUGAAACAAAUGCUCGAUACUUUCAUGUAGUGGUAGCAGGUCCAGAAGGGUCACCCUUCGAGGGUGGAGUGUUUAAAUUAGAACUGUUCUUGCCUGAGGAGUACCCAAUGAGUGCUCCAAAAGUCAGGUUCAUGACAAAAAUUUACCAUCCCAACAUUGAUAAAUUAGGAAGAAUUUGCCUAGAUAUUCUUAAAGACAAGUGGAGUCCAGCGUUGCAGAUUCGUACAGUGUUGCUGUCCAUUCAAGCGCUUCUUUCAGCACCCAACCCGGAUGACCCCUUAGCUAAUGAUGUUGCUGAACUCUGGAAGGUGAAUGAAUCCGAGGCUAUUCGUAUUGCUCGAGAGUGGACGCGCACUUAUGCUAUGGGCAAUUAGUGCUUUGCCUUUAUAUAUUAAUUUUUUAUUGAAAGGAUAUCACUUCUCAGGAUCAACAGUACAUUAUGUUGAUGAAAGAGUGCAGAGUCCUUAGUCACAACAAAGAUACCAACCAACACAGCUAUGAGCCACCAGAGCCUGGAGGACUGCCAACCACUUACCAUCUAGGGUCAGCUGCUACUUACAGUCCUGACUGUUGAAAGUAUUACCCUUGGCAAUCUUCUACUCCAAAUGUAGUAUGCCAGCAGAUACAUGGAGUGAUCUUGGUGGCCCUACAGGAUAAUAUAUGACUGUGAAGCACGUGUUGGCUUGCUGGCAACUGACUAAGAAUUUUAAUCCCUUGAGAAAGAAAUUUUUGUUUUUGGGCCACGACAUCAAUUUUUCUUGUAUAUUUGUUCUAGUCUCCUGUUCUUUGGACAUCUUGAAAUUGAAGAUUUCAAGUGGAAUUAUCUGCCUCUUCAAAUCAUUAUAAAGAAUUCCAAUAAACAUGAGUUUUGCGUGAUUUUUCAAGGUGAUCAUUUGUAAGUAUUUUCAUUUUGUCCCCAUCCUCUUAGUUUCAGUGAGUCUUGGGGUCACAUCUUGAAGCAAGUAUCAUGUUUUUUGGCCCUGUAUCUACAGUGCCUUUAUGUCUUUAUGUCUGUUUUAUCUCAACUGCAAGGCUUUUUAAAUGUUAGAGAACUUUCAUUUUUACGCUUAGUGGAAAAUGAAGUUUGAGCAACUGCAGCACAGGGCCAGAGAACAUUCUGAGCAUCACAGCAACAUUUAUAGCUGUAUUUUUGUGGGUAACAUAACUGUUUGUUGUUCAUCCAGGAACUUCUGAUAUAUCAUCAUCUGUUUAGUUUAUCAGAAAAUCAGAAUGCACCUCAUAUACAAACAGUGCUGUGUGUCCCCCCAAAAUUGAAUAAUUGUGUUAUAUCAUCCUUCUGGUAUGCUGAUUGAAUGUAGAUCUCACAGGUAAGGGGUUCAUUGUAGUCCUGUUGGAAUAUUUUUUACCAAUUAACUUUUUUAUUAAUUUAAAUUAAAUUAAUUUUACAGCAGGUUCUCCUUAAUUUAUAUAUAACGGACUAUUAGGAGGUGACUGGGGUAUAUUAAAUUGAUGAUCCUUUACCUUGACAAUAAACACGAAUAUAUAUGUAUAUAUAUAUAUAUAUAUAUAUGAUGGUAUAAUAAUUGCUUUCUUGCUUAUUAAAGGAGUAUACUCCGUUUAUGGAACAUUGAAUGCAAUACAAGGUUCCAAAAUUCAUAUUAACCAAUGGAAGUCUUGAGCCAAGUAAGGAUCAUAUUGACAAUAGAGCCUCCAAAAAUGGUGCAUUAACUUACUAUAAAUACUGAAGCCAUUUGUCGUUAUAAGGGAAUGUUUUUGGGACACAUAGUAUACCGUGGUAUCUACAGAAAUACUGCCCUAGUACCAAUGUAAUCAAUGUCCUAUGUAAAUGACUCAUUCCACAUAGUGUGUAUUAUUGAUAGGCCUUAUGAUGAAAGAGUAAUCUUGCAUUACUUUGUUUUGUCACCCCCAUUACCAUAAAUAUACCUGUAUUAAUGCUUGCAAGAAAAAAAUGAAGGAAAAUUGGCAAUAAAGAUUCAAUCUCAAAGUGAAAUUUUGUAUGCUGCUUUAGAGUAAAGACUAUUAAAUUAC